AUGGGGGGGACUACGACAAUUCGGUAUUUUGGGCAUCUCUGUUUGGCCAAAAUCUGCUACAUUUGUGCAAACUCCCUCAGCACACCGCCGUCGUUCGCUUAUGGAGAUGCCUUCCUCGCCAAUGCACUCUCCAGUGGAUGGAAGAUCUAUGUGCUCUGUUUGGGGAGGUUACUGCAAUGGGGUCCAGAUCCUUCUCGACAUGGUCUCUCUGAUGGGGUACAGCCGCGACAACGAUUGGAACUACCUCCUGCCGGCCCACCACCUGGACCACCACAACCUGAACACACUGUACCGUUUACAGCCAAGAAGCCUUUGUUUAAAUCUUUGCUCCCGGUGGAAGCUGGUCAGUCCGUAUAUGAAGCUGUUUUGAUGAAGAAAUUGGUUCGAGGUGACUCUCCACUUCUCCUGAAUCCACAAGGUACGCUGAAAACCCGAUUUGUUUUCGUGCUGCGUUUGAAGGGUCUUGCUCGUGUGACAACGGAACAGGGAUUUGUCAGUCCCGCGGCUUUGCGAAAUCUAAAGGCGUGGGACGGGAUCGUCUGCAUGUUGAUCUUGCAGAUCCUUGAUGGCAUGCACCCGCUUAUGCUGAAGCAAAUUGGGCCCCAGUGGUCAAGUUUGUCAAAUUGUACCAAGAGAAGGGCGUUCUUGGGCCCUCUGCUUGGUUCAAAGCACUGA